AUGUCCAACGGAAAUGAAUCAUCUAUUUUUGGAAAAAUGACUAGCCGCCCGGCUGGUAAAAGGCAGAUAAAGCCCACAGCCCUUCUAUUUGAAACUCUGAACGCUGCCGAAAACGAAUCCGAUGAUGAUGAUGAAGAUUUCAAUGUUAAAACAGAUAGUGAUAAGGAAUCGAAUGCGAGUACAUCAAAUUCCGACGAAGAGAGUUCAGAUUCUGAUGAAGACGAAGAAGAGCAGGAGGCAGAUGGAUCAGAAGAUAGCAAGAAUGCCGAAGAUGAUGAUUUGGAAAUUCAAAUUUGCGCGGUAUGUGUUAAUUGCAAUUCGAAAGGAGGCGAGGAGUUUAUGUCUUGUGAUAGUUGUGGAGUCACUGUUCAUGAACAUUGCUACGGUGGUGUCAUAUGUGAAGAAAGUGAUGAUGAAGAUAGCACAAAGUCGACGACAACAAAUUGGUUUUGUGAGCCUUGCAUUUACGGGGUUGAUGGAGCACCAUAUUGUGAAUUCUGCCCGAGUAGGAUAGGCGCUUUCAAACGUUCAGAUGUUGGAGGUCGAUGGAUUCAUUUAAGCUGUGCUCUUUUCACGCCAGGAAUUUCGUUUGCCAUUGUUGAAUCUUUAACGGGAGUUAGCUGGCAAGAAUUAGGAAAUUCCGCAUUCGGAAAAAGGGCAUGUUCAAUUUGUAAGGACAGAGUGGAAUCACGAGUUGGAAUUUCGACAAGAUGUGAAAGCGGUCUCUGCAAAGAAUAUUUUCAUAUCUCAUGUGCUCAGAAAUUAGGGCUUUUAGUGGAUGAAACAGAUCAAGCUCCUAGCGGCGAAACAGCAUCUUUAAUGCGUUACAUUUUUUGUAAAAAGCAUUGCAAUAUAGAUAAGGCGAAGAAACAACACUUAUUAUAUCUGAAAUGGGAGAAGCAAGAAAUUAGAAGAAUAACUAUGAAUCAGCACAAAAAACCGAUUGAAGCACGCGAAAAGAAACGUUUGCAUCAAAUGAGAGAAAAAUUGAACGCCACAUUUUGUGAGAUGAAAGAUGUGACAAUUAAUAUACCUACAAUAGCAAUCGAGAAAGCGAAACGAGCUCGCUACUUAAAUACUUCAUAUGAAUAUUUGGAUAAGUUUGAGGAUAAAGCUGUUGCUCAUGGAUGUACACCAGAAGAAUUUCGAGCGCCGUUUUAUAAUAUUAGUCGUACAAAUUCGACUGCUAUUCCAUUAGGAUUUUCGGAGGAAUUUCGAACUUAUAUGAACAUGCGGGAUUCCAUAUUAAUUCCCGAAGAAGAAAAGAAAAUUAUUUCCUUGAGAAGUACCUUGGCUGAGAAAAAAGCAAAACAGCAAAAUGAAGCGAUUAAGACGAAAAUCGAAAAAAAUGAACAACUUAUAACAGAAAAAAUGCAAAUAAUUUGCAAUAUCAAUGAUGCCAUUCGUGUUAUUUGUGAUAGAAAAAAUGAAAAUGUUUCCGCACUUCUUCAUCAAUUCGAAAUUAGCUUUGAAGGAAAUGGAUCUGAGAAAAGCUCGCUUGCUAAAAUUGCAAGUUGUAAACAAGGAAAGAAAUCGACUUCUACCACGUUCAAGGCUUCUCCAUUACCUGAUCAACAGAGGCCCACAUUAUGUGAUGAGUGCAAAAAGAAUACCGAUCUCCAUUUAAUGACUCAGUGUGACGAGUGUCAUAAGUUUUAUCAUAUCGGUUGCUUAAAACCGCCAUUAAUUCGCCUUCCGAAACGAACUGCCAAAUAUGGUUGGAUUUGCCAUAACUGUAAUGAAAGUGACGAUGAGCAAUCAAAUGAAUUAAAUUCAUCGCAUUCUCCCGUUGAAGCACUCAAUAGACAUCAUCGGGUGAGACGAGCCCCGAAACGGCACGCUCAGUAUACAAGCCAUUAA